CAAAUGUAAAACUUCGUAAUUCCUCUAGUGCUGAAAUGAAUAUCAUCAGAUCCACCUUGUUAUUGGGCAAUGAUGAUUGAAAUGUACGGUAGUAUGAAUAUAAUUGAGUGCUUAUCGUCAACAGCUUAUCUAGUAUGAACUCAUAAAACAGGCUGACAAACAUCUGGCUGAUAUCAUGGACACCAGGUAAACAGCAUGAAUGAGAGUCUGAUCGAAUUCUCCAGGAAGAUGUCGCUGCUGGUGCAUGUGCUCGCCUGUGCCUUCGGGCUUGGCUCCUGGGUGGCGGUCAACGGCGUGUGGGUGGAGCUUCCACUGAUGGUCAACUCUCUGCCGGAGGGAUGGGAGCUGCCGUCCUACCUCACCGUCAUCAUACAGCUCGCCAAUGUGGGGCCGCUGCUGGUCACUCUGGCUCACAAGCUGCGGCCCGGCUGCCUGAGGGAGGUGGCCGUCAUCUACACUGUCCUCUCUGUCGGCGUCGCCUCCUGCACCCUGCUGAUCUUCUUCUGGGACAGUACGUCGGUGGUGGCCGGGGCUUCAAGGAGCACUGCCUUCUUCAUCAUCACGUUCUUCCUGGCCAUCGUGGACUGCACGUCCUCCGUCACCUUCUUGCCGUUCAUGAUGCAGCUUCAUGCGCGCUACAUCACCUCCUACUUCAUCGGUGAAGGCCUCAGUGGCUUCGUUCCAGGCGUGGUGGCGUUGGCGCAGGGCGUGGGCGCGGCUCGGUGUGUGAACGCCUCCCAUGUGGGAGGAAAUGAGAGCUCAGCAGAUGAAUGGAGGCUUCAGACCCAGUACCUGCCACCAAACUUCUCCACGGAGGUCUUCUUCAUCUUGCUCACCAUCAUGAUGUGUAUCAGUUUGGCAGCAUUUGUGAUGUUGAAUAGGCAACCUCGCACAUAUGAGCUGUCAGCUGAGGACCUGGUCCCAGACGCCAAGCAUCAGGACGGAAGUCAGGAUAAGAACAAAACAGUUGUCUCUGACUACUCGUCAUACCAGCUGGCCUUCAUCUACCUACUGGUUAUGUGGGUCAACGGCGCCACCAACGGGGUGCUGCCAUCUGUACAAACCUACUCCUGUUUGCCUUAUGGGAACCGAGCCUAUCACCUGUCUGCAGCGCUAGCUUCAGUGGCCAACCCACUGGCCGGAACCAUCGCCAUGUUCCUCCAGAGCAGGUCUCUGCUGGUUCUCGGGCUGCUGGCAGUGGCGGGCUCAGGAUUUGGAGGCUACAACAUGGCCAUGGCCGUCAUGAGUCCGUGCCCCCUCCUCCAGGGGACGCAGGCGGGAGAAGCCGUCAUUGUUCUCUCGUGGCUGCUCUUCAUUGGCUUGAUGUCGUACGUUAAGGUCAUGGUCGGUGUGAUCCUGCGGGAUAGAGGACACAGCGCCCUCGUGUGGUGUGGAGCUGCUGUGCAAGCUGGGUCUCUGGUGGGAUCCAUCACCAUGUUUCCUCUGGUUAACGUGUUCAGACUGUUUGAGUCAGCGGACAUGUGCAGCACUCAGUGUCCACGGUGAUGUCAUCGAUCAUCACAAAAAAUGACAAUUGUUUUAACAAUGAUUGACUGAUGUUUACUUAUUUACGUUUCUAAAAUAAAUUAUCAUGCUGCAA